AUGACCUUGAUGGAGAUGUUGCUGAGGACGAAAAAAUGUAGUUGUAGAAGAUUUGAUUUGACAGGUCUUUCUUGUGAACAUGCUCUAGCUGGUGCUCGAGAUCAUGGCAUUAGUCCAUAUACUUUAUGCUCCAGAUUCUACACAGUUGAAGCAUGGUUGUCAUCCUAUGGUGGAUCUGUAUAUACGCUAGGUAAUGAAGAAUCUUGGGUGAUACCAAAUGACAUAGGAAGUAUGAUGAUAGCUCCUCCUUUAGUGAAGCAGAAGGCUGGUCGUCCAAAGAAGAAACGACAUCUAUUAAAGGGUUCGAAGAAUAGCAAACAACAUAGAUGUAGUAGAUGUGGUGUCCUGGGCCACAAUCGAGUGAUGUGCACCACCGUUUGUCCCCCACCGUCUAGACAUGCUUAG